GCCACGGUCUGCUUCAUCGGCAAUUCGAGGAGAAUAACGAUGGUAGCAGUAGACUACCUGCACGAAAGAUGCGGGCUGAUCCACUCCCUGUCGCCCAAAAAAGCAAUAUCCUUCGCAUGGUUGUGCAUACAUUAUCCAUCAUCCUCUAUAAAGAGCAGCGAACUGGACAAUAAUCUUUGUCUCCCCAAUCGCAAACACAGCCACCUACUUGAUCGUGGAAAUAGGGUCAAUUGUAUGUCACAGGCCAGAAUUUUAUCAGAUGUCGGCAAGUCUUGGGAGCCUGGAAGGAAGAGCAUAGGAGCGAAUGCAAGCGUGCGAUGGCCGGGUUUCAAUAGGACGGCUGAACGCGUUGGCCUACUUGGCCACGGAAGGGCGAUGACAUAUUGA